GUUGUGCAAAAAGCAAAGCAAAAGCGAAAUAUAACAAAUUGAAUUAAAAGACGAAGAAAAUGCAAGUCAAAAAAAUAAUUGAAGAAUAUUAUUUAAAAGAGCAACGCCGACAAAAUCGACAACAGCAGAAGUAGCUCCAAAAAAUGAAUAUUGAUUUUCGUGUUUUGUGACGGGCUUAAAAAUAAAAUAAAAAGGAGAAAAAAUUGGGUGACAAAAGCAACCACUACAUCUUCCAAUAAGAGCUUAGAUUAUCAGUUGGUCUUGCUUGUUGAGCGAUUUGCCAAUUCCGCAAUGGACGCGACGACAACAGAAGCAACAACAACAAAAACAACUACAAUGUAGACGCGUUUGCUUAAGUGUUAUUAACUAAGGCGAGUGUCAGUGUCGUUCAAGGUGCGAGCGAGAAGGCGCACGACAAAUGCAAUAGCAACAACAACAACAGCAGCAGCAACGACAACAGAAGCAAAAGCAAAAGUUCAACACUUUUGAGUCUGUGUGUGUGAGCGUGGCUGCUUGCGCGCGCGUGCAAGUGUAAGUGUAUGCGUAUGCGUGUGUGUGUGAGAUGCAAAAGGCACACACAAAAAUGUGUUCAGCAAAUUCAUAAUCGUGAAAGCAAAAAUAAAAAAAUAAAAUAAUCAACAGAAAUAACAGAAGCAAAAAGGCGCCUUAACCGGCAGAACGGACGACCACUUUGGGAGUGGCCUUGCACUUAGUGUUAGCCAUAUUCCAAUUGGAUUCCAAGCUUCAGCUGCACACACAGCAGAGAUAUAACAAAAAAAAUAAAUAAAUAAAUAAAAUAUGUGGAUACCAUCGAACAACAAAUACGGCGUCGCCAUACACAACUGGCAUGGCGACGUGCGUUACGGCCUGGCCCUGGAUGUGGGCGACUCCGUGGACAUUGUCGAGGAAUGCCGGCAUUGGUUUCGCGGCUCCUGUCCGCGCAAGUCCCGCGCCGUGGGCAUCUUUCCCAAAACCUAUAUACACAUCAAGGAUCUGUCGAAGAUCGAUCCGGUCGUGGCCGAGUGCACGCAAGUGCUGCGCGAAUGGUCCGAGAUCUGGAAGCGUCUCUAUGUGGAUCGUGAGGCUUACAAGUUCCAGACGCUGCGCAAAGUCAUGUACUCCAUACUGGAUAGUCGGCGAGAGCUGCUGAGCGCCACCAUGACUCAGGAUCAGACGACCGAACUCCAAAUGGUUGUGGUCUCCAAAAUUGAUUGGGGCAAUCGAAAACUGGGCCUUGACUUGGUGCCACGCGUGGGUCCCCUGGCCGUGGAUCCGCAUAGCAUCGGCAUUGUGAAGCUCUACAAUGUGCAUGUGAGCAGCGCGGAUAAUGCCAAGGCGUCAUCGAGUCGCGGCACUUUGCGCCGGAAGAUUCAGCGCAAGAUUCUCAGUCAUCAUUUGUAUUUCUGCAUGCGAGAUUUCGGACAUCGCAUUGGCGGCGAUGAUGCCGAGGUGUAUUUCUUUCUCUAUGACGGCAAUCGCAUGCGUCCGGUGUCGGAACGUUUUCUGGUCAAAAUCUCCAAGGAUGGCUUCUCCAAUUAUAUCGAGAAGUUGCACAGCAACUGCACCGUCUUCACGGAUCUGGGCGCUGCUGAUCUCAAUGAGGAACUGCAUCUGGUGGCCGUUGUUAUGCGCGUGGGCAAAAUCAUUCAGUCGGAUUCCAUGAAGAAGACCGAGAAGAAUAACUCCUCGAGCAUGACCGGACCCACCUAUCGUCGGCCGUACGGCGUGGGCGUGCUGUCCCUCGCGGACAUUUGCCAGUUCGACAGCAGCCUGGAGCAGCAGUCAUCGGAGGAGCGCGAGUUCAACUUCAAGCUGUAUCAGAGCGAGGAGAAGGACUUCCAUCUGCUGCCCGAGCUGAUUAUCAAGAAAUCCAGUGGCAAAUACUCGCCGAUCCAGCCGGGCAACCAGAGCACCCAGGGCAUCGUGGUCUCACUCAAGCUGCUGCACGGCGGAUUGGUUCAGGCGCGCAAGGAGCAGCCGUUGCUCUUCCAAGGCACGACCAUAACGCGGAAAAUGGGCUUCCCCGAUGUCAUCAUGCCGGGCGAUGUGCGCAACGAUCUCUUCCUGACCCUGGAGCGCGCCGAAUUCGAGCGAGGCGGCAAGAAUACGGGCAAAAAUAUCUUGGUCACGGUCGUUGUGCUCGACGUGACGGGCAACGUGCUGACGGACUGCCUGUGGGGUGCCUCCGGCAUGGAUGCACUGCCUCAGUAUCGCUCCAUGAUCCUGUACCAUCAGAAUGCGCCCAGCUGGAAUGAAAUGCUGCGCCUCAGCGUCCCCAUCGACAAGUUCUCCACGGCCCACGUGCGCUUCGAGUUCCGGCACUGCUCGACGCGGGAGAAGUCAGAGCCGAAACUGUUCGCCUUCAGCUUUGCCCGGCUAAUGGAUACGAGCGGUGCCACCUUAGGCGACGGCCUGCACGAGCUCUAUGUCUACAAGUGCGAGGAUCCCGCCAAGCUGCAGCCGGCCAACUAUCUGCGCCUGCAGUGCCGGCCGAGAGAUGCGCAGGCCAAGGUGGAUUGCAGCGGCUGCUUUAGUCGCAGCUCCAAGGAGGUGUUCGUGCUGCGCUCCCUGCUCUGCUCCACGAAGCUGACGCAGAAUGCGGAUCUGCUCUCGCUGCUGCAGUGGCGCGCCCAUCCCGAGACCAUACAGGACUCCCUGACCGGCGUGCUGCGGCUAAACGAUGAGGAGCUGGUGAAAUUCCUGCAGGAUGUGCUCGACGCCCUCUUCGCCAUGUUCUCCAACGAGGAGGGCAACAGCACUCAGCACUCGGGCCUCGUCUUCCAUGUGCUGGUCAGCAUCUUCAGUCUGUUGCAGAGCAAUAAGUUCCAGCACUUCCGGCCCGUGAUGAACGAGUAUAUCGAGAAUCACUUUGCCGCCGCGCUGGUCUACAAGGGCCUCAUCACCUCCGUCGAGCACAUGGCCGUCUUUAUGACCAAAGCGGAGCAUCCGGAUCCGUUUCAGAAGUGCUUCGGCUCGUUGGAGUACAUAUUCAAAUUGUUGAUACAAUCACGGCGUCUCUUUGCGCGAGCAACUGGAGGGCAGUACGAGGACUCGUUUAGGCGCGAUCUGCAUUCGCUCUUCACAGCGCUCAAUGGGAUGUUGGCCGUGCCGUCGUACGACGUCAUCAUUCCCACGCAGGAGGCGUUGCUGAACUCGACGGGCGUGGUGCUGGAACAGCUGAAGGACACGCUGCCCGCUCCAGAGCUGGGCAUGCUGGCCAGGAAUAUGCUGGACGCGAUACCGCGUGGUGCGCCCAUACGACUCAUCCAGGCCAAGCUGCAGGCUGUCAAGGAUCUGGUGUCGGGCGAGCUCUUCCACGAGGAUGAUUCCCGCACCGUUGUCCUUUCGGUUGCCUGCAAGCAUCUGCGCAUGCAUCUCAGCCGGCGCGAUGAGCUGCGCCUGUGCGCUGAGAUUCUCUCGGAGAUUCUCAGCCAGCUGUUCGAGCUGCAGCGGGAGCAGCGCGAAAAGAUCACCAACACGCUGCAGCAUGAUCUGGACUCGCUGUGCAAGAAUAUCCUGGGCAUCCUAAUACGCACCAUCAGCAUCAUCAUGGAGGGCUCCAAUCCGAAUCUGCCCCAGCUGGUGGCCUGUCUGCUGGGCCUGCUGCAGCUGCUGGACGAGACGCACUAUAAACGCUACUGGGACGAGCUGACGCCCAACAAGGAUCCGCGCGAUCUCAAGGACUUUCUGAGCAAAUCGCUGCUGGUCUACGAGGAGCUGCUCACCCAGGAUUGGCUGGUCUUCCCCACCGAUUGGCUGAUCAUGAAGCUGGCCGCCAACGAUGUGAUGCGCAAGUCGCUCGAGGAGUUCGCCAAGCCGCUCGUCUAUCGCUUCCUCGGCCCGCAGGCCUUCGACUCGCAGCUCUGGUGGAGCUACUUCAGCCUGGCGGUUACAUUCCUCACGCAGCCCUCGCUACAGCUGGAACAGUACAGGGAACCGAAGCGCCUAAAGAUCUUGCACUCGCACGGCGACAUGCGGGUCCUGAUGGGCUUCCAGAUACUCAGCAUGUGGUCGCAGCUGGGCGAGCAGAAGCUCCACUUCAUACCAUCGAUGGUGGGUCCGUUCCUGGAAGUGACCCUGGUGCCAGAGCCGGCGCUGCGCAAGGCCACACUCUCCGUCUUCUACGACAUGAUGCAGUGCGAGCAGGCUGCUCGCGGCUCGUUCCGCUUGGUGGAGAGCGAGCUCAUUGAUAAGCUGGAUCUGCUGAUCAGCGAGAACAAAGGCGACGACGAGUAUCGGGAACUCUUUAGCACCAUGGAACAUCUCAGCUUGGUUUUGCUGGAGAAGGUGCGUACGGAGAACCCUAGCUGGAAGGAUGCGGGCACCGCUUUUAUAGCCUCUGUGACGCGUCUGCUGGAGCGACUGCUGGACUAUCGCAGCGUGAUGCAGGGCGAGGAGAAUCGAGACAAGCGCAUGACCUGCACCGUCAAUCUACUCAACUUUUACAAAAACGAAAUCAAUCGCAAGGAGAUGUAUCUGAGAUACAUCUAUAAGCUGCACAAUCUGCAUCUGCAGGCGGAGAACUAUACGGAGGCGGGCUAUACGUUAAAGCUGUACGCCUCGAUGCUCAGCUGGGAUCGAGAAACGCAGAGCUUUGCGCCCUUCGACAACAGCGGGCAGCCGGAAUGGCAGCGCAAGGAGCGACUUUAUCAUGAGAUACUCAAGUACUUUGACAAGGGCAAAUGCUGGGAGAAGGGCAUACCGUUGUGCAAGGAGCUGGCGCAGCUGUACGAGACGCGACGCUUCGACUACAACAAGCUGAGCGACAUACUCAUCCUGGAGGCCAAGUUCUUUCAGAACAUAUUGACACAGCUGCGCCCGGAGCCGGAAUACUUUCGCGUCGGCUUCUAUGGCAUGGGCCUGCCGCUUUUUGUGCGGAACAAACAGUUCGUUUAUCGCGGUCUGGAGUACGAGCGCAUUGGCGCGUUCACGCAGCGCCUGCAGACGGAGUUUCCCAGCGCCCAGAUCCUGGCCAACAAUAGUCCGCCAGAGGCAUCGAUCUUGAAUGCGCCCGAGCAGUACAUACAGAUCAGCAAUGUGCGACCGGUGGGCGAUGCGCAGGCGCUGAAGACGGCUAUGGUGCCGGUGCCGGAGAAGAUUGCGCGCUUCUAUGAGGUGAACGAUGUGACGCGCUUCAUCUAUGACCGGCCCAUGUAUAAGGGGCCCAUCGACAAGGACAACGAGUUCAAGUCGUUGUGGAUCGAACGCACCACCCUGGACAUAACCAGCCCGCUGCCGGGCAUCUUGCGCUGGUUCGAGGUCAAGCACAAGUCGGUGCAGGAGCUGACGCCAGUCGAGUAUGCCUGCGAGAUUAUCAACAAUGCCGGCAAGGAGCUAGCCGAUCUGAUUGUCCAAUACAGACGUGAUCCCAAGCGCAACAUCAAUCCGUUUUCGAUGCGCCUCCAGGGCACCAUCGAUGCCAAUGUCAUGGGCGGCAUCAGCAAGUACCAGGAGGCCUUCUUCUCCGAACAGUUUCUCAAGUCUCCGCAGGGCGCUGGCCAACAGGCGAAUGUGCAGCGCCUGAAAGUGCUCAUAUUGGAGCAGAUACAAAUUCUGGAACAGGCACUGGAGCUGCAUGGCCAGCUAGCGCCAGCGGGCGUGCAACCGCUGCACAAUCGCCUGCUCGAACGCUUCUCGCAGCUGAAGCAAAGCCUCUCCGGCAUGGGUCGGCUGAAGCGUCAGCCCUCGGAGAGCAUUGUGAAUACACCGCUGCCGCCGUUACCCACAGAGCAGCGAGCCGCAGCAACUGCAGCAGGAGCAGGAGGCGGAACCGUAGCUGGAGCUGGACUUGUCCACCAACAGGCGAACGCCAACUAUGUGUACGAGCUGGAUGAGAUUUAUACGCGGCCCGGCGAUACGCUGCGUCCGGUUGAGGCCAUGAAUUCCUAUCAGACUCUCAGCAAGGAGAGCCUCAGCAUAGUUCUGCCGCCCGUCGAGCAGGCGGAUGCGCCGCCAGUGCCGCAUCGCCCACGCUCCCAGAACUUUGUCACAGCCGGCGUCAACGGCGGCAGCAUCGACAGCCCGGAGGUGCCGCCCAAGCGCCAGCCCAUGAGCAGCUCAUCCAAUGCACCGCCCCUGCCGCCGCGUGGCAUUACGCCGGACAAGCGUGCCUCCAAUCCGAUGAUAUUCAAUGAUUUCGGCGCUGGCCACGCAUCAGAUGCCGCUGCCAGGCGGCACUCAGCACAGCAGCAGCACGGCCAAAAGUAUUCUGUGGUGGACAUCAGCUUCGAUGAUCCCGAGGCGGAUCAGCAGCCGCACUCACUGCCGCCCAAUCUGCAGGAGGCGGGCAAUCACCUGAGCGUUUGCUUUGCGCCCAACGAUUUCCGUGACUCUGGCAUCUCGACGACCAGCUCGCGAGAGCUCAAUCAGCUGAACAAUCUCAGCGAGGAGUCGGCCAGCCUAUCCAUGAGCACGGUUCACCAUCGGGAGCACUGUCGCAUCAGCUCCAAUGGCAGCCUCGAUAUGCACAUGCAUGCCGGUGGCAUGAAUAUAACGCAACGUGACAGCUCGACCAGCUCGUUUGAUGUGGAGGACAUACCCGUGCCUCCGCCACCGAUACCGCCCAAAUCCUUGGGCGUGACGGCGAACGGACUGGGCCCAAAUCUGACGACGAGCGACGAGGCACACUCACCCAACACACAUGCAUCGCUCAAUCAUUCCAUUAACAAUCACAAUCAUCAUUCACACAACAAUCAGCAGCCACAGCAGCAGCAGCAGCAGCCGCAGCCGCAGACGCAGCCGCCGCAGCAAUUCAAUGGCGAUGGCGCCGGCGAGGGCUACAGCUUGCCGCAGCAACAGCUGCUGGCCAAUGGCCGUGCGCCUGGGCCUGCGCCGGUGCCGGUUGCUGUUGAGGCUGCCGUCAGUCAUCCACCUGAUGGCGGCACUUUUUGAGUUACAAUAUGUCGCUGCCAUCACCCACCCGA